UCACGUACCGUUGCCAAACAAUGAGCAGGAAAAAGCCACGUUGACGACGAAGUGGAGUGAAGUCAGCAUUAACGUUACCUUUUGCUUGAAAAACGGGAGUAUUUCCCUUGAAAUAUAUAGCCUUGGCUUUCUUCUUAACUAACUAGAGUAAGAAUAGAGAUGUCUUCACCUCCUAAAGAGAAAAUCGAAACCAAAGCUGGACAUCUCCCUGCUGUGAAAGUGGGAGGUAUGAGGGUGGUUCAGAAGCACCAGCCAGCUGCUGGUGAACCAGCUCCACCAGAGAAGAGGGAGGACGACGACGAGGAAGAAUACGUCAGCAGCAGUCCACCAAAGCCAACGGUUGUCAUCUCAGGAGUAGUUGCCAAGGGCGAUAAGGACUUCACCCCGGCGGCAGCACAGGUGGCCCACCAGAAGCCCGUGCCAGGGGUGCAGAAGCUGCCCCAGUCUCACCACAUCAACCAGCACAUCCACCAGCCCCGCAAGUGAGCCCUCGCCCAGGAACGCCACGCCGCACCGCGCCGCACUGCACCGCGGGGCGGGACGGGACCACACCACACCAAAGCCCAGUCAUAUCAACCCACGCACCAAACCGACCAACGCACCAACCCAACCAAAACAACCCGACCAAUGCAUCAACCCAACCAAAACGACCCGACCAAUGUGUCAACUCAACCCAACAGCUCGCCAGUCCUAACAACUCAGCCAGCUGACCAACCAACCCAACCAAACAACGUAACCAAAACACCAACCCCACCCCACUAUUGACCGGUCCGAACAACCCAACCCGACCCAACUCUACCAAACAAGCCAAAUCGCCCAACCCAUUCAUCCACCAAAUAAAAAAAAAACCCAACCAGGUCCCCCGACUACCCAACCAACCAGUCAACUCCACCACCUGCCUGCCAGCAAGCGCUCAGGUGACCCAGGGACCACUGCGCCUCGCCAGGCAUUCCUUAUGAUCACGCUCGUGCCCUACGCCCCGCCUACACACUAGCCUUCGUCCAAUCACCAUAGCCAGAACAGAUACACUCUCUCCUGUCGCCGUGCAGUUGAUGACCAUGAUGACGAUGAUGAUGAAGAUGAUGAUGAUGAGAACACUAAAACUGUUCAGGGUUGAAUAUCAGAGUAAUCUAUUUAGAUUUAAAAUAUUCUUGUAAUGUUUAAGGGGAUGUAUUUAAUGAGAAAAUGAGAAGAGUUUUAUUUUUAUUCUUUUUUUUUUUUGUCCUGUUUGACACAAAUUAUUUUCUGGAAUUGUGUAAAUUGUAUAAAACCUAAGUGAUGUCAUGUGAAAGGAUUGUGAUGUUAGAGGAGUUAGGCUUUAGUCUAGGUGUGGCUGUUGGAAUAAAAAAUAGAACAUGAUCAAGAAAAACAAAAUGCCAAUUUUGUGCACCUAUGUCCCUUAACUACCAAGAGUGGUGCUUACAGCGCUUCUAUGUGCUUAGUUCUCCCUGAGACUGAAUGCAGAUGAUAUUGCUAUUCCUUCAGUAUAAUAUAUAUUGUGUUGGAUAAAUACAUCUGCUAUUUGACGCCA